AACAAAUAUAGUCUCUCGUGAUACAGUAUUUACAUUUUUCUUUGCAUUAUCGAAAAGUUGUGCAACAAGAGGGAUUGUCCAGACGUCACAGAGUGAAGCUGAUAUUUCCCAUAAUAAUUUAUUGAUAUUACGCCUAGAUCAAGAUGCUGCAUCUACUGCCAAGUGCUGAGGAUCAGCAGCUCUUGAUCUGCAAUGCGAGACGAGAGACAGCAAAAGAAUCUCGAGGAGACCAUAUUGAAUCAGAAAAAAAUGAUAGCAUCAGACAAUCAUUCUCCGAAUUCCCUUUUACUGGAAACAUAAAAGUAACAAUUAAGGACAAACCGAUCAUGGAAUCAAAAGAGUACAAGAUGAAUCUCCUAAGUUGGGCCUUCCGCGCUUUCCUAUUUCACAUCAAGCGAACAAAACGUCUGUACGAAAUUAAACUGAGAACCCAAGAGCAUUUUAUCAAUGUAGAACUGCAGAGAUACUUCGGUACGUGGAGAUCAAGAGUGGAAGAGUUGAAAAAAGCAAAGUUGGCGACAAAAACUAAAUGUGAAAUAUCUGAUGACCAAAAAAUCCAACUGUUCGUGAAUGCAAUCGUUGAAAAACAGAAGACCGACAAGAGUUCACGUAAAGUUGACUCAAAAGCCUGUUCGUCAGCAAAAAAUUCCCCAUUAUCUGGAGACAGUGGUGAGCUAGAAAAAACACCGAGUAUCAUCACGAAUUCCGCCCUCCAAAAACGAUUGUCUUUUCAGAGAAAAAUAAUCGCUGAGCAAAGGGUGAAAUUGGUUCAGCAAAAUCAAAUAAUCGAAGCCAUGACGCUGAAGAGAAUCACCGAGGAAUCACAACGUGCCAAGAAAGAGACCUUCACCACCGCCAAACAAGUAUUGAACAAAUGUAGACAACAAACCAGAAAUAAUUUAUUACACCUGAUAAAGUUAGAAUCAUGCAAAGGAGAUGAUCUCGACCGCCCCAAAUUACCCUCCGAACCCCCAGUUUUUUUAUCGAGAAUGGAGGCGAGAGCAAUCAGAAGGAGAGAACGAAUGAGAGAAGCUAGGGAGAAGCAGCGAGAAAAAUUGGAAAUUCAGAAACAUCAAGAAGAGAUCGCUAAGAGAAAAGAGGAAGAAAAACAGAAACAGCUGCGAUUAGAAGCACAACGCAGAGCCAGACGAAUUCUCCAGGAGCAAGAGAGGAGGAAAAUCAUUGAAGCUGAGAAAUUAAAGAUUGUUGAUGAAUUAGUUGCCAAAUUUUACAGGAAUUAUCUCCUGAGGAAGUAUGUCUUCACGCCUCUUCUUCGAAUUAUCGAGGAAGCGAAACGUUAUCAGGAAAUGGCGGACGAGCAUUACAGCAUUACAUUAUUAAAGAAGACAUUCACUAUCUGGAAAAAAAACACGAGAGAUGCGAUUGAUUUGAAGCUAGAGAGAUGCACUGAGGUCUACGAUAUGAAUAUUCUCUUGAGAUUCUUCUGUGAAUGGGCGUCACUAGCGCAGAAGAACAUCAAUAAGUACAAAAUAGCUUGGAAUUUUUAUACCUCACGAUUGCGAGCUAAAUACUUCAGAGUUUGGUACACUGAAGUACUAGAAAUGCGACUGAAAGCCCUGGGAACUCUGCAAUUCGUAAUGAACCAUUACGAUGAAAAGAUAAAGCUGAAGUACUUUCGAAUGUGGCAGAGAUACACCAAACUAUCCGAUGAUAUGAAUGAAAGUGAUAGGCAAAAAGAAAAAUGGAGGGCAUUGGUGCAGCACGUUGUACCGAAUUUUUGUCCAAAAUACAGGGGAGUAAUCAGGGAUGACUGA